UCUUAGAGCCCGCCAUGCUCCGGCAGGUCUGGCUGGCCACGGCGCUCCUGGCUUGGCUGGCGCCGAGGAGCGGUGGCGGCGCGCUGGGACCCCGCGGAGGAGGAGACCCGGCGGGCUGCCUGUCGCCGGCCGGCUGCGACUCUCCCGAGAGCGGCCACCACCUCAAGGCGCCGUGCGGGCAGAAAGGCUGCGGCGCCAGGGCGGCGGGAGAGCCGUGCGGAGUCUACACGCCCGGCUGCGCCCGCGGGCUGCGCUGCGUGCCGCGCCCCAGCGAGCGCGCCCCGCUCCACGCCCUGCUGCGCGGCAAAGGGGUUUGCAAGGCGACGGCGGCUGCCGCUGCUGCUUCUGCUGGGGCCGGGGGCAAACCGGCGGCGGGCCGGAGGAACCAGACGGAAGCAGCGGAGCCGCCGGGGCCCGGUGACACUUGGAAGGAGACUCGCGGGACAGGUCAUUCGACUCAAGAGCCGCUCCUCUUGCAGAGCCAGGGUUCCCUGCCGGAGGUUAGCAAGGGCAGUGUCCAGCUGCAGCAGCUCUCCCUGAGCAGCGAUACCAAACAAGAAUUUGAGACGGGCCCGUGUCGUAUCCAUUUGGCAGCCAUUUUGCAGGAGCUGAAGGCCCCACUCUACUUGAGUGGUGAAGACAUCUUCAUUCCCAACUGUGACACCAAAGGCUUCUACAGGAGGAAGCAGUGCCGACCAUCCAAAGGACUGAAGAGAGGCCAGUGCUGGUGUGUGGACAAGAGGGGCCAUCAGCUGGAAGGCCUGGAGGAAAACCCUCUCUGCUUACUGCCCGGUAGUGACUGAGCAGGCAGAGGGGGCAUUGCUGCGUUCCAGCAGCAGAAACUCCAGACCAAGGAUCGCCUUACUCCCAACAGAGCAUUCACUUUUAACUUAUUGCGUGGUUGCCAUUUUGCUGGAAUCCCAGAUACCCUGGUACAGCUGGCAACAGCCUAACAAAAGGCACAAAAACUAGGGGCUGGCAUUACCCAGGCCGAUGGCAGAUGGGAGAGGUUUCCAAGCACGUGACUGCAGAUGCUUUCUCAAAUAAGCUAGCGGUGGCUGGGGUGCAAAGACGCUAAAAUGUCCUGGCACUUGCCAGCUUAUCCGCCGGGUGGGUGCAUGUUUAGCGCUUGGUUGUGUUUGCAUAGAAGGCAGCGUUGGGCCCUAAGAGAUGCAGGGGGGGAGGCAUGUAGGCUUCAAGGGGGAAGGGAAUCCAGCUUCAGCAAAUGCCAGCCAUAUUUCUAACUCUAGAGACAACGGAGGAGUGAUGGGAUGGGGCAGAAGCUGGAGAACUGAGAUGGGGAUUUUCCUUGGAGACCUCAGGAAAGAAGUGGUAUCGAAGGGAAAGGGGAUACCUGUCCAAGAGAAGGCCUGUGGAUGCGUUUGCCAACACAGAGAACUGGAACCGGAUGGUAAAAAGGGGAUGAGUGGUGCCAGCCUUAGAGCAGAGCCUGUAACUUCAGUUGCAUGAGGGGAACUUAGACAAGAACUUUCCAGGUCCCUCGCCAUCUUCCUAGCUUUGAGGACAUUCCAUCAUGCUCCCUGAGCACACCGUAGCGAAAGCCAACUGUGGGGUGGGAACCAUUGUGGGGAGGGCCUGAAGCACUUUCUUGCUCAGGUACAAAAUAUUAUGGGUUUUUCUUUGUAACUGGCUUUAAUUUAAAAUGUGUGUGUGUGUCUGUGUGUGAGAGAGAGGGAGUUAAUAUUUGUUUCGCUUCAGUUCAAUAUCAGUGGCUUUUAAUAAAUCUGUUAAUUUCCCAA